AUGAGACUCUUAGAGAAAAUUAAAAUAAACUCACAACAGAGAUGGAUGGUAUGUUAUAAACUUGGUGGAAAGUAUGAAUGUUCUACGUUAAACCUCAAUAAUAUUGGAACAUUACUACAUCAGCUCUUGAAGGAGAACUUUAUAUCAGAGAUAGAAGCAAAUGCUGCAGGUAUUGUUGAAAUGCACUAUGACUUCUUCUUGACAAACAUAAAGAAUCUUACCGAAAUAAAGAUGUAUGAUUUAACUGAAUAUGAAGGCUUAACGAUGUCAGAUGUAAAGAAAGGCAAACCAAAAAAGAGACCAUAUAGAGAUGAAAGCACACUGACAAAUGACCAGAAAGCCAUUUUGGAAGCUCUUAAGCAAACAGGAAACCCAGCACUUAUAGAAAGCUUUUGGAAAGAUAAUGGUGAAAAGAAGUUUUAUAAGAAGAGAAGCGGUCAGUUCUGGAAGUAUCUUUGCACAUUACCUAUAAAUCUUGAACGCUACCAAAUCUUCAAUGAACUGAACAAAAGAACUGCAACACUUAUGACAGAAGAUAACUGCUUCGUUUAUGCUUGCAUUCAGGCUGGAGUAAAUGAAGAAACUAUUGA